GGGGACGGGGAGAGAGAGACACAGAGUCAGUCAGGGCUCGGAGAGUGAACUGUCGCCUGGGCGUAGGCACGGCGCCGCCUGUCCGUUCUUGCCGGCUGAGCUGGCCAGAGAAGUGGGAUGUGUUUGCCGCCGUGGCUGCUGGAGCCGGGCACGUCCAUUACUAGGGCAUGGCCUCGUUGGGCCCCGGCCCUGCCCGGGUGCCUAGAAGCGACUUUUACUCCAAGGGCUGCCUUUAGUAUGGCUUGCAGUCUGACUAGCUGUGACUUCAGGAUGUUUACUCAGACGUCCCGCCAAGUUCAACGGGCUUUGUGUUAGGAGUGCAGCCUGGAUUUGGCUCUCAGAUGAAUGCAGUGGGUGGCUCAGGCUGCCCUCUGUGCAUGGAAAUGCAAAUAGGCAGCCUCACUGCUGGUGCAGGGCGGGUGGGGGGUGAUAAGAGAAAAGCUCUUAAGUAGAGCAGCGCACUCAUGGAGGGGAGUGAAGGAUGUGAUGGGGGAGAGCUCAGGGUCCUUUGUGUGACACAUGUUGGAAUUAUUGGUUUCAGAGUUGAAACUAGUUCUAAUCUGUGUGCUUGGAUUUAACGUUGUCUUCCAAGAAAAUUACGGAAAAGAUAUUUAAACAUGGGGACUCCGGGGUCGGGAAGGAAAAGAACUCCAGUGAAAGACAGAUUUUCUGCAGAAGAUGAAGCUCUGAGUCAUAUUGCCAGAGAGGCUGAAGCACGGCUUGCAGCCAAACGUGCUGCUCGAGCAGAAGCAAGGGAUAUACGCAUGAGAGAACUGGAACGUCAACAGAAGGAGCUUUCUCAACGUUCUUAUGAUAGAAAAUGGGGACAUAUCCAGAAGUGGAUGGAAGAUUCAGAGAAGGCUAAGUAUUCACACCAGUCCAACCGACGGCCAUAUUAUCUGGGAGCAGAAGAUGUAUCUACCCGAAGUACUGGUAGUCACAGGAGCUCUUCUUUGGAUGUCAGUGGGUCUCACCGGAGUAGAGCAAGUACCUCCAGGAGGAGAGAUCUUGUGAGCCAUGCUUAUAGUGAUUCUCAUGGUGGGAAGAAGCCUUCUCUCUCACAUAAAGAUCUGUUGAGUGGAUUUUACCAUGACCGAAGAAAUUACAGCAGUCUUAGGCAUAGCAAGCCACUUUCCACCUACCAACCUCGGUCAUCUUCUCUGUACAGUGAUCCUUUGGCAACAACUAAAAGUUACAGGGUGUCUCCAGAUGUAAACACUGGUUUGAUAAGAAGUGCCAGUUUGGCAUCAUUAUAUGAUAAUGGAUUGUAUAACUCAUAUAGUUAUCGUACUCCUUCUGAAUACAGUUCUUAUUCUUCAAGAGCAAGUUCAGCACGAAGUAGUCCCGUGUUUACAGAUGAUGAAGCAGGGAGCAUUGCAUCCUCUGACCGUGCCGUUCGAGGCCGGAGGGAUAGUGUGUCAACAGACUUUUCUGAUCAUAGUGAAACUGCAGCUGAUUAUUUUAGCCGCUCUAAUCGUAGGGGAAGCAUUGUUUCUGACUUGGAUGAUCUCAGCAUUCCAGACAUGAACAGUCUAGAAGAGAAGAGUGACAAGCCAUAUUCUGACUUCUACACAAGGCCAGCAUCGCGCAAUUCAGCAACUCCUUUGAGUGGAAAUUCAUCUAGACGAGGAAGUGGAGACACUAGCAGUUUGGUGGAUCCUGAUGCUUCUUUAAGUGAAUUGCGGGAUAUCUAUGAUCUUAAGGACCAGAUACAAGAUGUAGAGGGGAGAUACAUGCAGGGACUUAAAGAACUAAAGGAUUCACUUGCUGAAGUUGAAGAGAAAUAUAAGAAAGCAAUGGUUUCUAAUGCCCAGCUGGACAAUGAGAAAAACAAUUUGAUCUAUCAAGUGGAUACUCUAAAAGAUGUUGUUGAAGAAAGAGAAGAGCAGUUAGCAGAAUACUACAGGGAAAAUGAAGAUAAGACAAAGGAACUGGAAAGGCAGAAACACAUGUGCACUGUUCUGCAGCAUAAGAUGGAUGAACUUAAAGAGGGCCUUCGCCAAAGAGAUGAACUAAUAGAGGAGAACCAACACAUGCAGCAGAAAAUAGAAUCUAUAACCAAAGAGGUGUUUGACCUCCAGGAGACAGUUAAUUGGAAAGAUAAAAAAAUUGGGGCCCUAGAGAGACAGAAAGAAUACUUUGACUGCAUUAGGAUUGAACGAGAUGAGCUUAGAGAUGAGCUGGCUGACCUCAAGGAAACAAUGAAGACAGGAGAGAAACAUGGAUUAGUUAUAAUCCCAGAUGGCACUCCAAAUGGUGAUAUCAACCAUGAACCAGUAGUUGGUGCAAUAACUGUUGUAUCACAAGAAGCUGCUCAGGUCUUGGAAUCAGCAGGGGAAGGACCACUAGAUGUUAGGCUACGCAAGCUCGCAGGAGAAAAGGACGAGUUGUUAUCGCAGAUUAAAAAAUUGAAAUUACAGUUAGAAGAGGAACGACAAAAGUCCUCUAGAAAUGACGGCACAAGUACUGAUUUAACAGGAUUGGAAAAUGGUUCUGAUUUGCAGUUAAUUGAAAUGCAGAGAGAUAGCAACAGACAAAUAAGUGAAUUCAAAUUUAAACUUUCAAAAGCUGAACAAGAUAUAACAACCCUGGAACAAAAUGUUGUAAGACUUGAAGGACAGGUGAUAAGAUACAAAACUGCUGCAGAGAAUGCAGAAAAAGUAGAAGAUGAACUUAAAGCAGAAAAGAGGAAACUACAGCGAGAGUUAAGAACAGCACUGGACAGGAUAGAAGAGAUGGAGAUGACCAACAGCCACCUAGUAAAACGCUUGGAGAAAAUGAAAGCAAACAGAACUGCACUUCUGUCUCAACAGUAGAAAGGAAAUUCAAAACAUCAUGCACUGCUCCUUGAAAUAACUUGCCCUCCGCUUGUUUUAAUACAGACUUUCUUUGGCACAAACUUUGAACACUGAACUGUUCAACAGAUUUUAGUUUCAUAAUUAAGUGGCAAAUAUUUUGCAACUUGAAAGAAUGAAAAAAUAAUUUUGAGUUUCUAUGCGGAUGAACUUUUAGUAGCUUAAUUCUAGUCUGAUGGAGCCCAAUACUGUAUAAUUGACUUACAGCUAUAAACUAUUUUCACAAUGGUGAAAUCAAGUUUAUUCCUUGAACUAUUUUCAACUGCUUUAAUAAUGCUUGGUGCUUGGAGACAACUGCAUGAAUUCGAGGAUGCUGCAUUACAAACUAACCUAUUCUGUGCUCAAGACAUCACAUGGCACAAGUGCCUUCUAUAUGGUGCAAUGUAAACUUCAGUGAUUAGAUUUAAAAUAACCUUUGGAAUCAGAUAACAUUUAUUUUAAAAUGUAUUUUGGGGGUCUGUUUGCUAAACUUUAUACAUUUUUGAUGGAACACUUUUGUAAAAUAUUUAAAUUUAUAUAAGAUGACUGUAUAAAAUUUGCUUUAUUGCAUGGGUGAUGCACAUCUGAGUUUUAGACUUCCAAAAGUACUAUCCCCAACUGCUCUUAAUGUAAGAGUAGGGCCUAUAAGAUGUUUUGUUGUACAUUGUAAAACCUGGUGUGUUAGCUGCUGCUUAUGUGUGGCGUGGAACAUUGGGUGGGAGAAAUGGGGCAGGAAGUAUUAUUAAAUGGACACUUUACUUACCAAAACUGGUUGUGUGUGGGUAUGUGUUGUCUACAUUAACAUUAUUUCCUAUGCAUUAAGUUUUAAUAGCAAUAGCACAGUUUUACAUUGGUAUCACAAGUCACAAUACUCCACGUGAAGCAGUAGCAUUCUGUCAGUGUUUGAAAUACCAGAUACAGCACUUGUUAAUACUGCAGCUGAAGUGGAUAUAGUUUUUUCAUAAUCUCAAACUAUUAAUUUGCAAUUGUAAUCUUGCCAACUGUAUGAGUUCUAUGUAUGUGUGUUUUUAUCAUGGUCUUGGCAAGUUUCUUGGAUAAGUUACUCUGUAGAUCUGCUGUAUUUGUGGGGUUAAAAUGAACAGCCUAUCAAGAGCUAGAUUGGAUGCAAUUACUAAAGCAGAACCUUGCACAAUUGUUCUCUACCUUUUCUCUAUUGAACUUUGAUGGAAAUCAA